AUGGCGGCGCUUGUGAGGCAAUGUUGUAGGUUAGUACGACCUCUAAACAAAUUAGGCUCGCGCUAUCGCCUCAUUCAACCGGUCAGCUUUAUUUCCACCUCCAAGAAAAACAAGGAUGUCAUCACUUCUGUGGAUCCUAUACCAAAAGCUGAAUCUUUACAAAAAGAAUUAGAAAAGAAUUUCGCAGACCUCGACCCUAAAGAUGACAAGAAUUGGCUAACUUUUGGCUAUGAUCUGGUGGACAGGGACUCUGACAGAUUCGUUCACAACAUGACCAUGCUUAUCACCGUUACACUCUGCGUGGUUGGGGGCACAUAUGUUUUAGCUUAUCUACCUGACCAAAAGUUACAAGAAUGGUCUUUACGAGAGGCAUACUUGGAGCUAGAACGGAGGGAACGUGAGGACCUGGAUCUGAUAUCACCUGACCUCAUUGAUCCUGCUAAAGUUCAGUUACCAUCAGAAGAAGAACUAGGAGAUAUGGAAAUUAUUAUUUAA